AAAUCCGCCAUCUUGGCUCAAGCUGAACUGGCGAAAAUAUGUCCCUCGACGGCCAAGCCCUACCUCAAAUUCAAGUGGAAAAUGUCCUUGAUUAUGCUCAGUACAUUAGCCAAGUGGCUGCUCUUGAUCCAGGUCUGCAAACUCUUCAAGGUCUCCAUGGGUUGCAGGCCUUACCAGAUGGCACAACAGUUGCCUUCAUUGACUCCUCUGUUUUAGAUACAAGUCAGAUCUUUGAUAACUCCGCUAUCGAAGUUCACCAGACUUUACCAGAGGGGUCUAUAGAUCUUCAGCAGUGUCACCAAGUGGUCCUAGAACAACCUGUACUAGAACAGAUAUCUGGGGUGCAGCAAACAAAUUUGGAGGCUCUUGACGUAAAACCUCCAAUUGGAAAAGGUCCUUUCAAUUGUACGCUAUGUGAUAAAGUAUUCAACAAGUGGAAUCAGCUACAAAGACACUUAAAGACCCACGAUGAAGACAAACCUUUCAGAUGUAACCAGUGCCCAAUGUCCUACAAUAUUGAGGACAAUCUGCUCUUGCACUUGGCCACCCAUGUGGGACCGGACCGUGAGCCGAUUUGUCCAGAGUGUGGCAAGAAAUUCUCCAGGGUGGCCAGUCUCAAAGCUCACAUCAUGCUCCAUGAGAAGGAAGAGAGCUUGAUGUGUCCGGAGUGUGGAGAUGAGUUCAGUGUGCAGCACCAGCUUGAUAGACACUUGCAAGAACACCGUGAAGAGCAGGAAGGUGUACGGAUUUAUCAAUGCAGUCAGUGCAGUCAGGAGUUUAACAAGAUGUCCUCCCUGAGAGAGCACAUGAAACAACAUUACAAAGUCAAAGCAUCCUUGCAUCACCGGACAUAUAAACGUAAUGUUGAUAGAACAGGCUUCUCUCAUAAGUGCAAGCACUGCAACAAGACUUUCCAAAAGCCUAGUCAGUUGGAACGCCAUGAGAGAAUACACACAGGUGAGCGUCCUUAUGUAUGUCAGAUUUGUCAGAAAUCUUUCAACCAAAAGGGAGCUCUACAGAUGCACAAGACCAAACACACAGGAGAAAAACCACACACAUGCACUUUUUGCCCCAUGACAUUUGCUCAGAAAGGCAAUCUGAGAUCACAUAUUAAGCGUGUACACACUCUGAACAAAGACGAGAAUGGCAUGAUCUAUGAGUGCGAGGAGUGCAGCUGUAUGUUCCGCAGACUGGGAUCGCUGAAUGCUCACAUCAGCCGCGCACAUGCUGAUCCAGGAGAUAGCCACCCAGCCACAGUGCAGGACAUGAAGAUGCCUGAGCAGCACUCCCUGCAGCAGCUGUCAGACAUGAAUGACUCCGCCAUGAUCAGCGACGUGCUGGGCUUGGACCAGGUCAGUGGAGGUGCUGACCUCACCGGGGCUUCCUUGGUGGACGGACAAGUCAUUCAUGGUUCUCUCGACCAGGGAGCGUCUGACAUUCUGCAGCAAGCACUGGAGAACAGCGGUCUUCCCAGCACAGUGGUCGGUGAGCAGGAAGUGGAUGGAAACAGGGACGGCUCUGCUACUGUCGCUGGGGGGACUGCGUCUGCUACUGUCACUUCCACCGCAAACAUUGUCCGCGCUGGCAAUGUGGCCCGACUGGGGACCAUGGCUGUUCAUGAUGCAGCUACUGGUCUGCUCAAGAGACACUAUAUAAGAAAGGUCAAUGGAGUUCGAUGGCAUCAGUGCACAUACUGCUCCAAAGAGUUCAAGAAGCCCAGUGAUCUUGUGCGGCACAUUCGGAUACACACCCAUGAAAAACCGUACAAGUGCCGGCAAUGUUUCCGAGCAUUUGCGGUGAAGAGCACUCUCACUGCUCACAUCAAAACACACACAGGGGUCAAAGAUUUCCGAUGUGAAAUUUGCAGCAAAAUGUUUUCCACUCAGGGAAGUUUGAAGGUCCAUUUACGAUUGCAUACAGGAGCCAAGCCAUUUGAAUGUACUCACUGUGAUAAAAAGUUCAGGACAUCUGCUCAUUGCAAAGCUCACAUCCAGUCUCACUUCAAAGAUUCGGACAGUGUGCCGCGGUCACGGAGACCCCUCAAACGCCAGUCUCGUCAUGAUGCUCUCCUCACAGAUAUACCACUACAGGAACCCAUUUUGAUCACCGAUUCAGGUCUGAUCCAGCAACCACCGAAAAACUCCAUGUUCCCACCCUUUGCCAAUGAGACCAACAAUCUUGAGAGACCAUAUAAGUGCCAGUACUGCCGCAGGGGCUUCAAGAAGUCCAGCCAUUUGAAGCAGCAUGUGCGAUCACACACUGGGGAGCGGCCAUUCCGAUGCAACCUUUGCUUACGCUGCUUUGUGUCUAGUGGAGUGCUGAAGGCUCACACCAGAACCCACUCGGGUGAGAAAGCGUACCGGUGCCUGGUGUGUGACGCUAUGUUCACCACCGGAGGUAGCCUCAAGCGGCACAUGUCCACACACAGUGACCUGCGCCCGUUCAUGUGUCCUUACUGCCAGAAGACCUUCAAGACUUUAGUCAACUGUAAGAAGCACAUGAAAACUCACAGGCAUGAGGUAGCGAUGCAGCAUUACCAGACUGUGAAGGAAGGAGAGGGAGCUGGUGGGGACAACGGUGACGGGGAGCACCGGGGGGAAGAUGCUGAGAUCGUGGAGGAGGACGGCCUGGCCGGCCCACAGACCCUGGCUGAUCUGGACGUCCUGCAGGAACAGGACAUUGGGCACACCACCACUGUCCCUCAGCCGGACAUGCAGGUUGUUGAGAUGAGCCAGGAGGAGCUGCAGUCUGGUGGAGUCACCGCGGACACAUUGUCCCUGGACACGGGGCUACAGCAGGCCUUCAGUCAGGGGAUGUUUGGCCACAACUUCACACUUGUGAACCAGCAGCCUUUUGUUCAACUCAUCAGCCAGAGCCAGGAGGACAAGGGGCGGGAUCAAGGAGAGGAGAACAUUCCAAGGGUUACUGUGCAGCUGGAAGGUCAGCUGAGUGCACAGGUAAACUCCUCUCUGUCCCAAGCCAUUACAGGACAGAGUAGCUCGCAGUUCACAGACCAGGCGACGACGUGGAAGCCCAGUGUCAGCACUAGUGUCUUGGAUACGACCUUCACUAAUCAGUCUGCUGUUAUGUCUGUUAUGGAGGACCCUGGGGAGGUUCCUCAGGGUAAUGAGGUAGAGGAUGAUGUGGAGGAAGAGGAGGAAGAUGAGGAGGAGGAAGAGGAAGGUGUUCUUCAGGAAGAUGGGUUAGGAGAGGAUGGAGAACUCGACCCACAACAACAACAGCAGCAGCAACAACAACAGCAGCAACAGCAGCAGCAGCUCUCCUCUCUAGACAAUGGCGUCUCCGGUGUGGGGCACCGUGGGUUCCGGUGUCUCAUCUGCUCGAAAGUCUUCAAGAAGUCAGGACAUCUGACCAUCCAUAUGAAGCAACAACACCAGUCAGGGGACGGAACGUUCCAGUGCACAGAGUGCCCUAAAUCGUUCUCUUCGGCUCUGGUGCUGAAGAACCACCUCCGCUCCCACACGGGCCGCUCCCACAUGUGCCCGCAGUGUAGCGCGGCCUUCACCUCCAGCGUGAUGCUGCGCCGACACAUGAUGCAGCACACCACCAAGAACUACCAGUGCCCCAUGUGUAACGAGCAGCUCAAGAAUGCCGCACAGCUACGGAGACACCAGAGAGAUUGCCAAGUGAACCCGCCAGUGGUCCAGAAUGUGGUGGUCAAACAGAAUGACGAGAACCAAGCUCCUAAGCGCUCCUCAGGAUCGCGGCGCAGAUUACUGCUACAGCAACAUUACUUCUCCCCGGAGCAGGUUUCUAUUUCGGAGAAGAUACUCAUGGAGUCUGCCUCGGAGAAAGAUCGGAUUAGUAUGCCAAAGGACUUGCAAAAUCAGACGGUUCGAAGAGGCCGGUUUGCCAACAUGUGCAAUCAUUGUCCCAAGAGUUUUAAAAAGCCCAGUGAUCUACAGCGACAUCUUCGGAUACACACAGGAGAAAAACCCUUUGUUUGUAAUGAGUGCCACAGAUCUUUCACCGUCAAGUCUACACUGGAUUCUCAUAUGAGAACUCAUAAAGCUGCUGAGAAGUCAUUCCUGUGCCAUGUGUGCAACUCCAUGUUCUCCACCAAAGGCAGCCUCAAGGUGCACAUGCGCCUGCACACAGGCGCCAAACCCUUCAAAUGUCUCCACUGUGACCUACGCUUCAGGACCUCAGGGCACAGGAAGUCUCACAUGGCUGCACACUUUAGACCCGAGGCGACGACGAAGAAGAAGGCGCCUAAAGCUGCGGCCCCUCAGCCUCUGUUACAGACCUCACAGGACAACGCUGCUGUUCAGCCCCAGAUGUUUAUCCUGACCGGCGGCCAGCAAAACAAUACACAAGUGACCAGCACAGUGACAAACCCGGUUCUUGCGGUGGAGCAGCAGCCUUUGGCCACACAAGUCAUGGGCGUGGAGCAGCCGGCCGUGGGCUCUCAGGUGAUCAGUGUGGAGCAGCCUCUGUUGUCCGGCCAGGCCAUGAUGCCCGUACAACUGGCAGUCAACGACGCUGGCGCAGCUGCCAACGCCGGCCCGCAAGGACUGCCCACACAGGUUCUCCAAGGUCUGGACAGUGGCAUCCAGCUGCACAUCACCGCACCUCUCAACCAGCUGGGCCAGAGCUUCCAGCUGUCUGGCCUUGACCCUGGACUGCUACAGCAAGCAGUCCAGAUUGACGCCUCAGUGUUCCAGCAGCUUCAGCAGAACGGUUUCAUCACCAUAAACCCCAGCGGCAUCCAGCCGACCUUGACAGCUGACCUCUCCCAAGUAGGCGUGGAAUUGGCGGCCCAGGGAGGCGUGGUCGUCUCGUCAGCCCUGCCGGUGAACUCGGACAAUCUGAUUGGUCAGAGCAUGUCCAACCCUGACGCCAUGAUGACUACGCAGACUUUACAAUCGGUGGAUGGUUCACAAACUACGGAAGGUCUGAUGGGACAAGGUGUCCCGGCGGCCUCGGAUGGCCUCAUCAUCCAGAUGCGUAACUCGGAGGGUCUGCUGGUGCACCAGUCCCAGCCGGGCAUCUCGGUCCAGGCGGACAGCCUGUUUGUCCCCACGGCCUCGGCCGGCUCAGUGGUCAGUGGUCAGCACCUGGAGAGCAGACAGUCCUCCCAGGAGAUCCUCUCUCUGCCUGUUCACACCUCGGCUCAGGUGAUGACCCCUCACAGAGUCUCUGACGCCCUCCUCGGUCAGCCGUCGCCCAGAAUGCACACCAGUGCCACAGACUCUCUGUUGGGUCAGUCGGUGCACACCUCUCAGGACAACUACCUGAGCCAGGGGGCGGGGCAGGUGUCCGACGCUAUGCUGGGCCAGGACAGGCUCAUUGCCACUAGCAUGUCGGUGUCGGACUCUCUGAUUGGCCGACAGCUGUCUCACGGCAUCGUGACCAGCGACGCUGUGAUGGGCAGUGCAGGAGAGCACACCAUUCUACAGGGAAUCCAGCUGCAGCCGGCCUGCAUGUCUGAUGGUGUAAAUCCAAACGUGAUUGUUCAGUCGAUGGAGGAUCUGCAAGGUCACCAAGGGGUGAAGGGUCAGGAGUCGGAGAGUACAGCCUAUGUCACAGUGGAUGGACAGCGUUUGGCAGUCCAAUCUGUGAACAUCCACCCCAACUCAGGCACAAGUCUGGGUCUUGUGAAGAUGGAAGAAGUUGAAGAGGAAGACCAAAAAUUUACCCUCUCUGGAGAUGAUGCCCGCAUGGUUCACAUUACACAAUUGGACCAGAAUCCAAGCAUGGGUCACCAUGGUAACCCGCUAGAUGAUGAUGAAGAAGAUGAGGACCAGGAAGAAGUCGACACAAACGCUCUCAUCCCUACGGCUGAGGUGGUGAACCUGGCUGAGCAGCAGCAGGAGGGUACAGAGCGACAGCAUAUCUGUGGGAUCUGCUACAAAGGCUUCAAGCGCGCAGCUCACCUCCGAGAACAUAUGCACACUCACGGCCCGGGCCCGGUGGCCAAGAAGCCCAAGGCCACGCCCCAUCGGUGCAACGUGUGCCAGAAAGCCUUUCAGAAGCCGAGUCAGGUGGAGAGGCACAUGAGGAUACACACAGGUGAGCGCCCCUUCACCUGCAACAUCUGCUCCAAGGCCUUCAACCAGAAGAAUGCGCUGCAGGUACACCUGCGCAAGCACAGCGGGGAGAAGCCACACGCCUGCCAGUACUGCACGGCCAGUUUUGUGCAGAGUGGAAACCUCAAGACACACAUCAAGAGGGCCCACCACGCCGACAUGGUCAGCUCCAUGAAUCUGGCCCGCUCUGCUGCCGGGGCCGGGCCCUCUACCAGCUCCACCGGUGCCGCAGAGUUCCCGGGGAGGAGCGAGCAGGGGAUGGGCGAGGGUCAGGGUGGAAUGGGUUCAGAGGUCAGCGUAGGGGUCGCUGGGGUUAUGGAGGCGGAGGGUAUGGAUUUGGCGGAGGUGGUUGACCUCUUUGCUCACUGAGCAGUUUCCCGGUGGGUUGAUGAAGGUGGAUGCGUGUAGACAGAGUGUGUUCGUGGUGUGUGCUCGACUUCUUUGCUCACUGAGCAGUUUUCCCGGUGGGUUGAAGGUGAAUACGUGUAGACAGUGAGUGUGUGGUGUGUGCAUGAAAGUGCAUGGAUGUAUGUGUGUACAUACAUUUGCUUUUUCUCAUUGAUACUCUGAUGUUGUACAUAUGAAACCACUUGUGUGCUUGUUACGUGUGAGUGUAAUUUAUGCACGUUUGCGAAUACUUGAAUGCUUACAAAUGCACACACUGAAUUGUUUUACUGUAUUGAUGUCUCACUGAUAUCUUUAUGCUCAUGCCAGCCAUGUAAUGAUAUACAGGGAAUGUGUACACAGUGAUGUGUGUGUUCAAAGUUUCUGCUGAGAGAAUGGGAUAUGGUGCUCACUGAGUGUUCCUGAUUGCAGUCAGAUAUUUUAAAUUUAGCUUCCUCCAAAUCUGCUAGCCUGUACCAUGCUCAAUAACCUUUGUGAAUCUGAUAGAAAAUGAAUUUGUCGUGCGAGAACAGACAUUUUUCACCUCUGAAAUUUAGGGAUAUGGGUACCUAAAAAGAGGUAAGGGGUUUAAUUGUUAUCAAAUGAUAAUGAUUAUGUUUCACCACUUCAUGAGAAACCAGUUAAAUUAUGGUGUCCUUAUGUCGAAAAGUGAUUUUUGUCAAAACCUCCUGUUUCGAUACUUCAGCUAUUGCCCUCAAUACAUACAGUGUCACACACACACAAAAAAAAAAUAUAUAUGUGUGUGUGUGUGUAUAUAUAGCAUUGCUAUUUUAUUGGCAAGUUUUCUCCAGAAGCACAGGUUUUUUUAUGGCAAGUCCAGCAUAUGUGUCAUGACGCGAUGAAAUCAGGCUCUUGUCAAUUUUGAGGCAUGUUGAGUUAUUGGUAUCAUCUUAAAGCUUGUGUUCAUUUGUCUUGCUUUGGAUGAAAAAAAUAUCCAUUUAUCUUGAAUAGAAGUUGAGAUAUUUGCGAAUGAAAGAGAUUGGGGAUCACCUAGUU